AUGUUAGUCUUUGAAGUAGCUCUUCUAAUCAGAUUUUGGAGUCCAAUUAUUUUAUUUGCAAUUGGAGCUCCAGCAGCGCUGCUCAAUGCAAUAAUAUUCGUUGGUGUAAAAACAUUUCGUCGAUCUCCAUCGGCUUAUUAUGUUGUGGGACAAUCAUUAGCCGAUGUCAAUGUCUUGCUGAUUUUACUUUUUCAGAUAAUUCCAUCCGUGUCAGUAUCAGUUUCAUCGAUUGCUUGUAAGUUAAUGGUCUUUUUCAUUCAAAUGACAGUGUCUGCUGCAAUGAGUUUUCUUUGUUUGUCUGCAUUUGAUCGUUGGGCAUGUACGUCUCAAUCGGCUCGAAUACGCCAAUUAAGUUCAAUUCGUGUAGCUCGUCGUAUCUUUCCUAUUCCGUUUAUUCUUUGGUCACUUGUGAAUAUUCCCUUUCUUAUGUAUUGUGAUCUUGUACCACCAAUAUUCUUUUGUUGGUUCACCAACGAUCUCUUUAUCAAAAUAGGAGUGCUUUUCUUAUCUCCCGUCCUUACUGUUCUUCUUCCUCUAAUUGUUCUAAUACUGUUUGGACUAUUGACAUAUCGUAAUAUUCGUCUUGUGAGUCAUAUUCGUCAACAACCAAAUCAAACUCGUAUGUCAGCAUGGGAACAACAAAUGACAAGAAUGAUGUUAACCCAAACUCUACUAAGUAUCUUUUUCACACUUCCUCGAGCCAUUUUCAACGUUUAUACGAUUGCUACAAUUGAAGAGCGUGUAACAAGAAGUUUUGAUCAAGAGUCAAUUGUACUUCUCGUUGAUCAGUUAACUAUCUCUAUCACUUCUAUGAAUUUCGCUUCAUCUUUUUACAUAUUUCUUAUUUCAUCACCACGUUUCCGACAAACGGUUCUAAUGUAUCUGAAACAUCCGUGUAAUUUAGGACAUAAUCAAAUAGCCCCAACGAACCUAGCAAUUACAGCAACAACACAUAUUGGACCACAGAUUACAAGGGGCACUCUUCGUCCGAUUGUUGAAACUGAACCUUUUUGA